AUGCAAAUAUCAACAAGUACAAUAUUUUCAGCACUAGCACUACUUCUUCUUUCCUUGUUACUACAUGUGAGUUCUCAAGCAGAAGAUUGCCAACAAGUUAUCGUUGGUUUAGCACCUUGCUUACAAUACAUACAAGGAAAUGCUACAACUCCAUCGUCAGGUUGCUGCACACAGCUUGCUACUAUAGUGAAGACGCGACCGCGAUGCGUGUGUCAUGUUUUUAGUGGUGUUAAUGUCAAUCAAACACUGGCUAUGGCUCUUCCUAAAGCUUGUAAUGUUCAUAUCACUCCCUCUCUUACACUAUGUCAAGCUACUUCCCCAGCUGGUUCUCCACUCUCUUCAUCCACUCCUUCAGGAGAGGGAUCAAGAACUUCACAAAGUGAGGAUUCAUCAAGAGGAUAUUCAUUGAAGCUCCCAUAUUACUCUCUUUUAUUUACCAUUGUUAUAGCCUCUUUCUCACUGUUCAACACCAUCUAA